AUGCAGUUACUUGUACUGCCCUGGACUGGACUGGCACUGCCGGCACAAUUCGCUAACCCAUAUCCAGCCUUGGUUGUCGAUUCAGACCUCAAGGUCAAAGGUGAAGCCAAGGUCGACUUCGACAAGGACUUUGGCCACAAAUAUGGCAUCAAGAAAGGUGUCCAUGUCUAUGAGGAGACAGGCGAGGUCUAUGCUCCCGUUGCCAUGUGGCUAGAGUCUGUAGAUCUCGUGCUGGACCGAUUGGCCGAGUCUAUGCCUGUUCCUCUAUCUCAUAUCCGCGGUAUCAGCGGCUCUUGUCAGCAGCAUGGCAGUGUCUACUGGAAUGGCAAUGCCUACGAGAUUCUUCACCAUCUUGAUCCUCGCCUCCCUCUGGUUGUUCAGCUACCACAGGCCCUUUCCCACCAAUGGUCGCCCAAUUGGCAGGAUCAGAGCACCCAGGCUGAAUGCGACGCUUUUGAUGCUGCUCUUGGGGGUCGCCAGAAACUUGCUGAGGCGACAGGCAGUGGUGCUCACCACCGAUUUACUGGAACCCAGAUUAUGCGCCUUAAGAAGGACCUCCCAGACAUGUAUGCCAAGACAGCUCACAUUUCCCUCGUCUCGUCAUGGCUGGCAUCCGUCUUCCUCGGCGCUAUCGCACCCAUGGAUGUCAGCGAUGUCUGUGGUAUGAACCUCUGGGACAUGUCCCGCCAAACAUACAGCGAACCUCUUCUCGAGCUCGCUGCUGGGAGCAAGCGCGAUGCCCUCAACCUACGAAAGAAACUGGGUGAGCCUUGCCUCAAUGGCGCUGCUGUGUUGGGCUCUAUCUCUCCCUAUUUCGUGGACCGCCACGGUUUCCACCCUGACUGCCAGAUCACACCAUUCACUGGCGAUAACCCCGGAACUAUUCUCGCCCUUCCCCUUCGGCCUCUCGACGCCAUUGUCUCUCUUGGUACUUCGACGACAUUCCUCAUGAACACACCAAAGUACAAGCCUGAUGGCGCUUACCACUUCUUCAACCACCCCACAACCGAUGGUCACUACAUGUUUAUGUUGUGCUACAAGAACGGAGGCCUAGCACGUGAGCGAGUGCGAGACCAACUCCCCAAGCCCGAGAACGGCCCUACCGGCUGGGAGAACUUCAAUAAGGCCAUCGAGAACACUCCUGCUCUGGGCGCUGCCAAGGAGGACGAUAGGCGCAAGCUUGGUCUAUAUUUCUACCUCACCGAAGUGGUGCCCAAUAUUCGUGCAGGCACUUGGCGAUACUCCUGCGAGCCAGAUGGCUCUGACCUUCAGGAAGUCAAGGGAGGAUGGGACAAGGAGACUGACGCUCGAGUGAUUGUUGAGUCUCAGGCCCUAUCUAUGCGCCUACGCUCUCAGAAUCUGGUGGAGAGCACUCGACCCGGCCUACCAGCUCAGCCCCGUCGUAUCUACCUCGUUGGAGGUGGCUCUCUGAACCCAGCCAUCGCCCGCGUCAUUGGCGAGGUCCUCGGCGGCAGCGACGGUGUUUAUAAGCUCGACGUUGGUGGUAAUGCCUGCGCCCUUGGCGGAGCCUACAAGGCUCUUUGGGCUCUCGAGCGCCAGCCAAACGAGACAUUCGACGAGCUCAUUGGUAAGCGAUGGACUGAGGAGGGCAACAUCCAGCGCAUUGACGACGGUUACCGCGAGGGAACCUAUCAAAAGUACGGCAACGUUCUCGGAGCCUUCGAAGGCCUGGAGAACAAGAUCCUCACCGAGCAGGCUUUGGAGUCAAAGGACGGACGAAGACGGUCGCAGGAGAGUGCUUGA